GGCAGGUCUCAACAGGACGAGACACGACGAAACUGAAAAGUGACUGGUUUCAGCUGCUCUGCAGCGUUGUCGAAAAAGAAGUGCCAAGUGUUUGUUUAUCUUCGUGCGUGCAGUUGUGCGAAGGACGUAAAAGGAAAUUUCCACUUUUUCGCAGGCGACUCGUGUCAGGAAUCUCUUCAGGCUGGACGCGUUAGACAGCGAGGCUUGGCUGGCCGAAAUGGCCGCCGAGGUGGCCGCCGUGGAGAGCAUCUGCGCCGGUCAUCGGCAGCUCAUCCAGGAGAUGCGCGCCCAGAAUCUGGACAUGAUUCGCUUUUCGUCAUACCGGACCGCCUGCAAAUUGCGCUACGUACAAAAGAAAACAAAUCUGCACAUAAUUGAUAUUUGGAACGUAAUCGAAGCCUUUCGGGAGCACGGCCUAAACACUUUGGAGCCUCAGGCGGAGGUCAACGUUUCCCGGCUGGAGACCCUUUUGUCCAGUCUGCUGCACAACUUGAACAAGAGACUGCCAGCGCCCCAACAGGUGCAGGUCGACGCGUGUUCGUCGCUUUUGCUCAACUGGCUCCUCGCAGCGUACUCUGUGGAAAAUGUGGGUCGCAUCAGAGUCUUCUCAAUUAAGGUUGCGUUAGCCAGCAUGUGCGCCGGAAAAUUGAUGGAUAAAUUACGAUAUAUUUUCUCGCAAAUUUCCGACGGCAACGGUCACAUGCUGCAGAUGCGGUUCUCCGAGUACUUGCAGGAGGUGCUGGCGCUGCCAGCUGCUGUCUACGAGUCGCCUUCUUUUAGCUAUUCCGACAUGCUGGAAGCUUCAAUUUUCAGCGGUGCGCCAAAGGUGACUGUAAACGAUUUCAUGGAUGUGAUGAUGUCCGACCCUGGACCCCACUGUCUUGUCUGGCUGCCCCUGUUGCAUAGACUUGCCAGCGUGGAACAAGUGGCUCACCCAAUGAUUUGUGAUGCGUGUCAGCGGGAGAACUUUACCGGGUUCAGAUAUCGGUGCCAGAAAUGCCACAACUACAACAUGUGCCAGGAGUGUUUUUGGAGAGGCAGAAUUUCGGGCCAGCACACCAACGAACACGAAGUCAAAGAAUAUUCAACUUACAAGUCCCCGAGCAAGCAAAUUGGUCAUUCUCUAAGGAAGUCCUUCAGAUGCGUCCCCGAAAAGGGCCGAAACAACAUUCCACGGUUCCCAGAUGAGCCGGAAAAAACCUUAAAUCUAUCUCACAUUGUUCCUCCAUCCCCUCUUCCCACACACAAUGGCUUUCCAGAUGGGUCUUCAUUUUCCGGUGCUUUUGAUGUUGGUUCUAUGGACAGCAGAUCAACUCACAGAAGUUUCAGUCCUCUCUGUUCGAGUCCCAGCAAAUACAACACAACAAGCCUCGACUCUGCGCGGUUUGACGACGAGCACAAACUGAUCGCCCGAUAUGCAGCUCGGCUCGCAGCUGAGGCGCGCUCUGCAAAUCGGGCGCCGUCAGAAGCAAAUCUCAGUAUCGACACUAGCAGGGCGCAACGAGAGCUGAUUCAGCAACUCGAGUCCAAGAACCGAGAAAUCAUGAGGGAGAUUGCAAGAUUAAGAAGACAGCAGGAGUUGGAAACAGCCGGGAUGAGUGCCAGUGCUGAGGAGAACCCGGCUCUGAUGGCCGAGUUGAGGGCUCUUAGACAGAGGAAGGGUGAACUGGAAGGCCACCUGACGGCACUUCAGGACUCAAGAAGGCAAUUGAUGGUGCAACUAGAGGGACUUAUGAAACUGUUAAAGAACCACCAGCCUUCUCCUCGAUCGACCCCAAAUUCUUCACCACGCUCUACAAAAUCCCCUCCUCUUCCUAGCAGCAGCAUGCCAAUGACGGGCAGUCUGCCCUCCUCUUCUCGUUCUGCCCCCGUCACACCCGGAGGCCUGUCCAGUUCCAUGAGCUCGAUGGCCAACUCUGUUCCGGGCGGAAUGGCCGACUCGCUGGCGGGAGACGUGAGGAGCGCCUUUGGCGGCCAACAGGGUCCGCCACCUCCUCAACGCAGCCUCCGGAAUGACCUGCUGGUGGCCGCCGACUCAGUCACCUGCGCCAUGUCCACUCUGGUCAGGGAACUCAACUCAGAGGGGUCAGAUCAGGACGAAGAGCCAAAACGGCCGAGCAUCAGAAAACCAUUAGACUUUGAGGCUGACGAUGAAGACCAGGACGAGUUUCUGAGUCGAACGGCCAAUGGCAACACGGUUCUCUGGAGAGAGGAGAUGCAAAAAAGGUUUCAGCAGGAGCAGCUCAUGGCCGAGAUCCAGGCCAGGACCCACGGAAACAAUGGCGACUUUGGUGACAACAAGGAUGACUUUGAUGAUGAUGAAGAUACUGAUGUAUUUGGCCAAAACUUGCAAGCACUUUUGAGAAGUCAGCGUGAGGAAAUUAACCAAAAAGAAAAUGGAGCUGCGAGCGCGGCCGACUGGGAGGAUGCAAUGAAACGCUGGACCACUAAACGAUAAAAUUUUAACCCGUAAAGGCUGAAUUACGCCUGCCGGUUUUAAAUUUAAUUUUUAACUGUGCAACAUAAGCUUCAAUUUGCCAAAAAUUUUUUGUGUGCAAAUUUACUCGCAUUAGAAAUUUUCACAAUCGAAAUUUUCUGCAAACCCGAAUAUUAGUUGUUUUGUGCACAUUGAAUGUAGAGCAUGUAGGGUGAUUGUACAAAGGAAAAAUAAUAAUAAUAUUUGACUUGAAAUUGUCUCUCAUCGCUAUGUGUAAGUAGCUUCAACGCUCUUUGUGUUGUGCAACAUUCCAACUUGCGGCCAAUAAAAAGGCUCAAUUCAAAUCUGACCAACGUUAAAAUACCUU